UGCACAUUUUAAAGGAAUCCCAUUAUGAUUAAGACUUACGUCGAGGGUCACUAGUAGAUAUAGGUAGGUAGGUAGGUACCUAUUCAUGCAGUCGAGAAGGAAUGCGAAUGCGGUGGGGUUGACAAAUUUAUUCACCGGCCUCGACAAUUCUUAACCCCUUUGUGUUAUCUAAUAUUGCAUUAUGGAUUGGGUUCGACAACGAUGGAGGUUGUCUGAAGGAGACUUAGGUAACUUUGAAUACGCAAACCGAAAAUGCAAGGUCAUACGAUUGGGUUAUGAUGACCAGAGAAAAAGCAAAGUCCAGUAUUGGGAUCUAUCGUCAGAUUUUGAAUGGCAGGAUUGGUUCGGAAAGGAGAAACUUAUAUCUGAGAAUUCUCGCAACUUUACUACGUCCGUGAUAUUAGGAAGCCGAAAAGAGAGUGACUGCGAAUUGAGCUAUCUACCCUUCUCUAGACCAGUCUUCGAACAUAUCCUGAGCCGAUUCUUUAUUCAUGACUCGAUAGCCAGAACAAUUUUUCGCAACUAUGCGGCGACAUUCUCACGGGCAUAUCUUCCUAUUGAGAAAUCCUCGGGGACCGCGAUAGUAUAUAACUGUCGCACAUCAGCUCACUGGGACGAUGACCUAGCGCUAUCCGUAACAUACUUUCCAAACACAGGGCGCACCUAUGCGGUCUUCUACGGUUGCAAUGCUCAUUCUGCAGGCAAAACAAUCAUGGAAAGGAUUUCUAAUCGAUUCAUUAGAAGCUCAGAAGACGCAUUUUGCCACCCAAUGCUUUCAAUUGGCAUAUUUGCUGAAAUUGAGAGGCUUCGAAUGCGCGAGCUUGUUUUAUCUAGGAAGACUGCCUUGCAGGACACUAUUGAUGGACUCCAAGCUCAUGGUUACAGAGCACUUGAAAACUCAAAGUCAUAUGUUGAUCCUUGGCUAAACAUAUACGCAAUCAGGAAUGGUCUUGAAUGCUGGAUCGGAGUUCUGGCUAGUAUGAUUACCCACAUAGACGAAUUGAGUCGGGCGUAUGAUCAGAUCAACGACGAAAGCAACUUCUACAACACAGGCCGCCGGAUUAAAGAUCGCCUAGGUGAGAUUCAUUCUGAGUACUUGGAUCUAAUAAGGGAUUGUAACAUGAUUAUCGAUGGAAUGACUCUGGCUACAAAUAUGGCGCUUGCACGAGACAACAUGAGCGAAAGCAAGCAAAUGAAAUCAAUUGCUGUAGUGACUAUGGUCUUUCUUCCUGCUACCUUUGUUGCAACGUUGUUCUCCAUGACGUUUUUUGAUUUCGAUUCAAGCUAUAUUUGGCUAUACCCCUGUGUCGCAAUCCCCCUGACGAUUGUGGUUGUUGGUAUAUACAUUUUCGUAGUAGUUCGGCCGCAUUGGAAACAAAUGACAAAGGCUUCAGAUUUCGGUACUGGAUAUAACGAAAAGGGGCAAAACGGUAGAUCAUGUUGCUGGGUUUAAGAGGCUUCUAUCAAUAGUAAGAGCAUAGCCAAGUAACUAGGAUAAAUAAACCAAAAUAGGUG